UAGUAUAAGUUAAAUAUGCUAAAAUUAGUGCAAUAUGUGUCGCGAAAAGCCAGCGAAGUGUCCACACUGCCCAUAUGCAGCUGGCGCAACUUAUUGAUUUCACCAAGUAGCGUGGAAAAAUGUAUAACGCAACGUCGCCAUUUUCUUUUUUGCUUGACCAACAGAACGACCAGCAACAGCAGUUUUGCUUUGUACUGCAGAGAACAACCACAACAGUUCCAAGGGAGCCGGCUUAACAAGGAGUCUACAACUAGAAUAUUACUUAGUUGCUCCGUUGCCCAGAAGACACAGACACAGCGUGCGUUUCAUUCGACGUCGAUUCGAGUUGAAGCGUUUAAAGCAGUGAACGAGUCAAAGUCAGUCCCGGCAGACAGGCAUACUACUGAGUCCAGACGCACGAGGAAAUCACUUUUUACUGACCCAGACGAGCAAUCAGAGGAAAUCAAAAUUGAAGGAAUAAUGGCACCUCACGACCGUGACUUUGGAUCCGGCGCACGUGGCGGUCGUGGCGAACGCGAUGACGACAGACGCGGAGGCGGCGGUGGAGGUGGGGGUGGUGGACGCUUUGGCGGCGGCGGUGACUAUCACGGCGUGCGCAAUGGUCGCAUUGAGAAGCGUCGCGAUGAUCGCGGUGGUGGAGGCGGUGGACGCUUUGGCGGAGGAGGUGGUGGCGGCUUCGGCGGCGGUGGUGAUCGUCGUGGUGGCGGCAACAGCCAGGACUUGCCCAUGCGUCCAGUGGACUUCUCCAACUUGACGCCGUUCAAAAAGAACUUUUAUCAGGAGCAUCCCACGGUUACCAAUCGCUCACCAUAUGAAGUGCAACGUUAUCGCGAUGAACACGAGAUCACAGUGCGCGGUCAGGCGUCCAAUCCCAUUCAGGAUUUCUCUGAGGCUUACCUGCCCGACUAUGUGGUGAAGGAGAUUCGCCGUCAGGGCUACAAAUCACCGACACCCAUUCAGGCCCAGGGUUGGCCAAUUGCCAUGGGUGGUGCCAACUUUGUGGGCAUUGCCAAGACAGGUUCCGGCAAGACACUGGGCUACAUUCUGCCCGCCAUUGUACACAUCAACAACCAACAGCCGCUGCAGCGCGGCGACGGACCCAUCGCAUUGGUGCUGGCGCCUACCCGCGAGUUGGCCCAGCAGAUCCAGCAGGUGGCCACCGAGUUCGGUUCGGCCUCCUAUGUGCGCAACACCUGUGUCUUUGGUGGCGCCCCGAAGGGCGGUCAGAUGCGAGAUCUGCAGCGUGGCUGUGAGAUUGUCAUUGCCACACCCGGACGUCUCAUUGAUUUCCUCUCGGCGGGCGCAACCAAUCUGAAGCGCUGCACCUACCUGGUGCUCGAUGAGGCUGAUCGCAUGUUGGACAUGGGUUUCGAGCCCCAGAUUCGCAAGAUUGUCUCACAGAUUCGUCCCGAUCGGCAGACGCUUAUGUGGAGUGCCACAUGGCCAAAAGAGGUUAAGCAGCUGGCUGAGGAUUUCCUUGGCAACUACAUACAAAUCAAUAUUGGCUCACUGGAGCUCUCGGCAAAUCACAACAUCCGCCAAGUGGUCGAUGUGUGCGACGAAUUUAGCAAGGAGGAAAAAUUAAAGACCCUGCUGUCUGACAUAUAUGACACCAGCGAGAAUCCCGGCAAAAUCAUCAUAUUCGUGGAGACAAAGCGUCGCGUGGAUAAUCUGGUGCGAUUCAUUCGCAGCUUCGGUGUCCGCUGUGGCGCCAUUCACGGCGACAAAUCCCAGUCAGAGCGUGACUUUGUUCUGCGCGAGUUCCGCUCCGGCAAGUCCAACAUUCUCGUGGCCACCGAUGUGGCGGCCCGUGGCUUGGACGUCGAUGGCAUUAAGUAUGUUAUCAACUUUGACUAUCCACAAAACAGCGAGGAUUACAUCCAUCGCAUUGGACGCACAGGACGUUCAAAUACCAAGGGCACAUCCUUUGCCUUUUUCACGAAAAACAAUGCCAAGCAGGCCAAGGCGCUUGUCGAUGUGCUCAGAGAGGCUAAUCAGGAAAUCAAUCCCGCGCUGGAGAACCUUGCUCGCAACUCCCGCUACGACGGUGGCGGUGGACGCUCCCGGUAUGGUGGUGGUGGCGGCGGCGGCGGUCGCUUUGGCGGCGGUGGCUUCAAGAAGGGCAGCCUGAGCAAUGGACGCGGAUUUGGCGGUGGUGGCGGCGGCGGCGAUGGCGGUGGCUUUGGCAACCGGAAUGGCGGCGGUGAUGGAGGCGGUAGACACACGCGCUUCGAUUAAGCUAACCAAUACAAACUACUUAGAAUCAGUUAAUUUGAAUAGCAAAAGAAGCAGCGCUAGAUUUUAAGUUAAAUUAAGUAAUAGAUACUAAUAAGUUUUCGUACAACUUCAACUUUCAUCCAUUUGAAAGACAACAUAACCCGAUUAAGGUUAAAUGUGUAUUCUUGAACUCAAACUACAUCAAUAUCAACAUAGCAUUUUAUGUUAGCAACUUGUACUUUGUAAAUUAUUUGACGCUGCCUCUUACGGCAGCACAUUUUGCCACACUUAAAGAUAUUUAACAAAAGCAUAAGAAUUACGAAAAACAAUUCACUGUUUAAACUAUAUCGCAAAUUCAAUUUUUAACAUAUGAUGUGAUAAUCCUUUAAUUUAAUACAAUAUAUCACUUAAAACUGAAACGAAGCGCGUCGUGUGUAAGUAGAAGAAACCGCAGCCUGAGCAGUGGCUAAAGCAAAAGCUAAAAAAAAAAAGCAAAGGAUCAUUCCCGUCGUUUCCUUUGAUGAUGACAACGAGCAAAGGCUGGCAAAGGACUUUGCGGCCUUUGUUUGAAAAAUUCUUCAAUUUACUUUUGGAUAACUUUAUGGCACAACAACAACAACCACCACAAAAACUAAACUC